AUGUUUGGACUCCAUGAACAAGGCAGCAAGGCUUGUGCUAAGGCCAAGACCCGAUCUUCCAGGGCUGGUCUGCAGUUCCCAGAAAGUUGUGGACUAUGCGGCAUGGGUCCAGUCCAUGUCUAUCUGGCCACCGUCCUCAUGUUUCUGACAGCUGAGAUCCUUGAGCUGGCCAGCAACCCUGCCCUUGACAAUAAGAAGACCUGCAUCAUGCCCCGACACCUCAUGCACCUGUCCCAUCACCACGGGAGAAGUCCUGCCUAA